AAGAUGGCGGUUUCUCAUUGGUCAGCCCCUGUCCGUUGUGUUUGAAUUGGGUGGCGGUUAGCCACUGAGUUGCGAUCUCUCAGCUGGAGCUGUUUGGUUUCCUCUGCGUGUUUCGGGGCCCGCAGGUACGUGUCUGGUGGUUUCUUGGCAUCCAAGUCCCCGAGGACGGUUCCCUUCCGCCGCUCCGCCAUCCCUCACGUCCCCGCUCCCCGCCGGCGCUGCUCACCCCGGGGCUCGGUCCGCUCAGCCCGCACCCCGGCGCCAUGGCUCCCAGGAAGGGUAGCAGCCGCAGAACCAAGACCAACUCGCUGCGGAGCCGGAAGCUCGUCUCCUUCCUGAAGGACUUCGACCGCGAAGUGCAAGUACGCACCAAGCAAAUCGAGUCCGACAGACAGAACCUCCUCAAAGAGGUGGAGAACCUCUACAACAUCGAGAUCCUUCGGCUCCCCAAGGCGCUGCGCGAGAUGAACUGGCUCGACUACUUCGCCCUUGGAGGAAACAAGCAGGCCCUGGAAGAGGCAGCAACGGCCGAUGUGGAUAUCACAGAAAUAAACAAAUUAACAGCAGAAGCUAUUCAGACGCCUCUGAAAUCUGCCAAAAAGCGAAAGGUAAUACAAGUGGAUGAAAUUAUAGCAGAAGAAGAAGAAGAUGAAGAAAAUAAGCUUAAGAAUCUUCGAUCUACAAGAGUCAAAAGGUGUCCUCCAUCCAAGAAGAGAACCCAGUCCGUACAAGGAAGAGGGAAAAGCAAAAGGUUAAGCCAUGACAGCUUUGUAACACCAGCUUUGAGCAGACUGGAGAUGUCUUUGGUAAAACCAACCCCAGGCAUGACACCCAGGUUUGACUCCAGGGUCUUCAAGACCCCAGGCCUGCGCACUCCAGCAGCCAGAGAGCAGAUCUACAACAUAUCGGUCAAUGGCAGCCCUCUGGCUGACAGCAACGAGAUCUCCCUCACCGUGCCUAUGGGCGGUGGUGCGAGCAUGCGGUUGCUAGCGAGUGAUUUGCGGAGGGUCGACAUUGCACAGCUGGAUCCAGAGGCCUUAGGAAACAUUAAGAAGCUCUCAAGCCGUCUUGCCCAAAUCUGCAGCAGCAUACGGACCCACAAAUGAGAAGGCAAUGGAGCAGGACAGGCGGUGGCAGCAACCAUGGUGGCAGAACACAUGCGUCUCUCUCUCUCUCCCCGCUUCUGUGGGGUGCUUGGUGGGGCCUUACAGUCUUUCUUCUGCUGUGCCCAAUGGUUCUGACAUGUGGAACAGUACUUUGUGUUUGUCUCUGUUUAUCAAAGUCCAAAAAUUGGUUUGGGAUCAGCUCCUGUGUCUUCUACCUCUACCUCUCUAGUUAGUAGGAAUUUGGAUAAGAGAACAAUAGGGCUCACAGCAGUCUAGGGUUUAGUGUGCCUGGUGCAGAGUAACUGUAAGCUGUCCUGUGGUCCCACCAGGUCCUUAGACUGCAGAAGCAUUCUGCCCCGUAGGGGGUCACCAGAAGGGUGACUUGUCUGCUGACCUCUUUCCAUGUGUUCUGCCUGUGCCUAGGACACAGACCAGCUACAUGGGAUCAGCAGCAGGAUCCUGUGCUCCAGCAACUUCUGUGCCCCUAAUCAUGAGCUGUGCCCUUAAUCAUGAGUUGUGCCCCAGGCAUUUGGGAACAGAGUGCUCCCUGCAGGCUCAGGGCACGGCUCUCUUGUGUCUGGCUCUUUGUUAUGUUCUGUGUUAUUAUUUCAGUCUUCUAAGGCUGAAGUGUUUCAAGCUGUUUUAUUCUCUCGCUGAAGCUUUUACACAUUGUUUUCUUGAGCAGUGGUAUCUCUCAGCUGAUUCGUCCCACUGAAAGAUAGCUGUUUUCAAUAAAUUCUGGUUUGUUUGGAUUUUUAAUCAA